CUUUUCUCUGUUUCUCCUGUGGAUCAAACGCUUGAUGACAGCGUCAAGACACAAGCGUACGAUCCCGCACCUUUAUUGAAGUUUCACUUGUUGCUAGCUCCCUAUCCUCACUUCAAUGUUCCUCCAGCUCAAUGUGCUCUGAACCCUAAUCUCCGGCCCGCUGAAUGGCUUAGCUCUAAACACUCCGGAUACUGAUGUCUUGAGAAGCAUCUGGAAUGGCGACCUCUUUGCGGCGGAGCAUAUCCAGUAUGCCGAGCCAAAGGGGCUCCUUUGCAAACCCAUUGCCAGCUGACAGCAGCUUUGCAAGCAUGUCUGGAUUUCUUGAGCUUGAAGCGACUCAGCAGCUAGCGCCACCAGCGGACCGUUUUAGCGUUGUUGGCACCUCUAGCUUUGUUGGGGGCACAGGUGAAGAGUGCGCAGACCUUCGAGGGCGGGGAUUGGUGGCCCUGCCUGCGCUUGGGAGACAGUCAGGGUUGACCGCAGUGGACCUUUCAAACAAUAGCAUAGCAGGCCUGGAGUCAGCUCCGGAAGAGUUGCCGGACGAUCUGCAGAUGCUCUCCCUGGCUGGUAACAAGCUCUCGGACCUCUGCCACCUAAAGUACCUGACUGCGUGCACCUCCCUCAUCGACCUCGACAUCUCAGGCAACCCUGUAACCGAUGGUGCCGCCAGGAUUGGCUUCGACCUUCGACCGUUCCUGCUCUUCCUUCUGCCACGGUUGCAGAGGCUGAACGGGCAGGACGUCCGGCAGGCGCGGCUGCUGGAGGCGUCGCGCACGCUAUUCACGGACGCCCGAGGGCGGCUGUCGGACCGGCUACUGGAGAUGCUGGACGACGGACGGCAGGUCGAGCUGACGCACUACCUGUCGCAGCAGUGCCCUCUUGUCAAGCGGCCUCGCCACGUCGACUCCGUUCCCAGCAGCCCCCGCGCUGCGCACAGACCCGAAACCUCCCAACCCCUAAAGAACCCCGAAACCUUCCCAAGCUCGCCGAUCGAUGAAGUGCCCGUCGGCUCGGGGGCGCGGCGCGGCCUUUCCUAUAAUGGCGUCGCUUCCAGACAUGUAAGGGGACGGAGGACUCCGGAGAGGGCCCUGGGCGACACGAGAGCGCCGGAGAGCGCUCCUGUGUCGCCCAGAAUGCGAGUGUCGGAAAACGCAAUCAUGGGGUUCGAGGGCUCCGGCGGACGGAGCCCCACGGAAAAAAAGCCUACCAGCCCGCGGUCGCCUUUCAACCGGGCGCCGAACCGUAAGGCCAGGGCGACCAAGAGCAGGCCCCAAGAGACCGGGGCCAAUCACCGGGAGGGGACGAGUAGAGUCAGAGCUGAUGUUGGUGAAACCAAGACCCCGGAGAAUCAUUUCUCCUUGACUCGAGAAGCCGAGACUACAGCCCGAGCGGAGAGUGUUAAUACUCCCAGGAGUCCCCAGAAAGCACUAGCGAAGAGGUCCUUCAAAGAUAUGGAUCCGUCUCGAAAAGCUCUCGAAGCGAUUGGGGAGUCACCUGAGCGGCCAGUGGAUGACGGACACGUGGCACUCCCGCAGAGCCCCGACGCAGAGGUAGAAACGGAGAUGGUCAAGCGGCUGGUCACGGCGGAGUUGGUCGCGAGCCCUUCGCAUUCGCAGCUCGAGACCCUGGCCGGCGAUGUGAAGGGGCAGAGCCGCGACCUUUCGGACGUCCGCCGGGAGCUGUCCGGCGUCAGGAAGGAGCUCCGGCACUCGCGCACGCAGGGCAACCAAGAGCUGGCGGACGUUUGGGCGGAACUGACGGAAGUCCGGACGGACCUUCGGAAUUCCGGCGCGGAACUGGGCCUGGCUCGUGCGGACGUCAACAGGGCUCGGACGGAGCUCGCGGACGUCCGGGCCGAGCUGGGCACGUGCCGCAAGGAGUCUCGGACGGCGUGCGCGGAGCUGGGGGCUUCGAGGGCGGAACUGGGCACCGUUCGGAGGGAAUUGGACGCUGUUCGGACGGAGCUUUCCGGCGCUAGGGCGGAACUGCAGGGGCUCCACUCGCGGGUUCGGGCGGAAUCGGACGCGCGCGCGCUCCUCGAGGAGGCGCUGAGGCGCAUGUGGGCGGAGUGCGUUCAGCUGCGCGCGUGGCAGGAGGCGCAGAUGGCGCAAGAGCGGGCUCGGGCGGCCGCUAAGGUGCAGAGGGUUUGGAGAGUUUGGCGAGCGCGACGGGAGCGGGAGGCGAGAGUAAAAGAGCGGCAGUGGCUAGAAGAGGCCCUACGGCCGCACGUCGUCAAAGUACAAGCCCUGAUCCGAGGGUUUCUUCAAAGGCGUCGGACGUAUGAGCUGAGAGUGAGAACGGCAGCGGCCGUCCGCAUUCAAGCGAUGGUCCGGGGAUACAUUCAACGGAAGAGGAUCAAAGGAGCAAUGUGUCAGCUGCAGAAAGACCAGUGGGCCAGGCACGAAGUCGAGGCUCUGCGAGGGCAGUUGUACCAUAUGCAGCUUUGGAUGCAUCAAAUGGCAACGUCUAUAGCCAGUGCACCGGGUACACGCAUACCCUGUCUAGGUCAGUCAGGUCCCGACAAGCGAGGAACUUGAAUCUGAUUCAUUACAGAGUGAAAGUGACGCUUUGCCUGCCUGUGCUUGAAAGUUUUGAGAACUGCGCGCUAAUCAAAGUUGGUAAGUGAACCUUGAU